AUGUUAUAUGUAAAAGUUAUAAAUAAUGUUUUAUUACUAAACUGUAAUAAAUCAACAACUACAACAUUCUUGAAACCAAACGUAGUAGCAUCAACACGUUGGUUAUUACCAAAACCAUCAUUAAUACCACCAAGAAAAAACCUGUAUCAUUUUCAUACCAACUUGACCGGAUAUAAUAAAUUUAAUAAAAAUCAAGCUGUCAAUUUGCGCCAAUUCUCCAACAAUUGCAUUAUAAGAAAUGAAACUACCGAUAAUUCAAUAAAAUUAGAAACAAGUACUAGUGCUGUCGGUGAUAUUAAUAAUAAUGAUCCAAACGUUCCAUCUUCAUCUUCAUCUCCUGCUGCUGCUACUACAAAAGAAACAUUAGAAAGUAUAAAAGAAAAGGUAAUUAAAUUAAGCAAAGAAGAAAAAUUGGACGAUGCUAUAAAAUUGGUGUCAAGUAAAGAAAAUCCAGGAUUAGAAAAUGCCGAAGCUUGGAAUCAAUUGAUAAUUGAAUGUGUUGAUAAAGGGAAAACUAAAAUGUCGAUUAGAUUAUUUAAUGAAAUGAAAAAACUUUCAAUGCUUCCAACUCAAGAAACAUAUACAGCAAUUUUAAAAGAGAUUGGACAUGUCAAUUGUCUGUUAACAAUUUGUCAACGUGCAAAAAAUUUUGAUGUUGCACUGAAAACUUAUGAUGAUUUGAUUAGGAGUGGUAAGUUGAAACCAAACAGAAAAACUUACUUGCAAAUCCUGAAAAUGUGUUCAGCAAAUGGUGUGAGACAAUCAGAAAAGGCUUACGAAUUGGCAACAGAUGUUUGGAACAAAUUGGUUAAAGAUGAUCAGAACAAGGAUAAUCCCAAUGCAGUGGUAGUUGAUGAUGGAUUGAUUAAUGGCGUGAUUGCUGCUUUUAAAUUUACUAAUCACAUACCAGAAGCUUUCGUUAUUGUUGAUGACUUUUAUGGGAUUGGUAAAUCUGCCAUAGCAGCAGAAGGAGAAUCAACAAAAGAUGAUUCUCAUUCUUUGAGACUAUCAAUUACAAACGAUACAGUGGACAAUCUAAGCACAGCAAAAGAAAUUCUUGAAAAUGCUGUUGAGAAACAAAUAGCUUUAAAACCAACUGGUUUAACAAAAAUAUUGAGAUUAGUAUUGGAACAAGCAAGAACUACAGAAAAUUACAAUGAUGUUUGUUGGCUAUUGAAUAAAAUAGAUAAAACAGGAGAUAUUUAUUUUAAUAAAGAAAAGAAAGGAAUCAUUUUAAUUGAUGAUAUGGAUGAUAAACAAUUACUAUAUGCUCUUUCAUCAGCCUAUAGAAUUGCAUUGCAGGAGGUGAAAGAUUUGGAGGAGGAGAAAAGAGCUCAAUGGGUAGAAGAUAAAAAGUUUUUUGAUCAUAAGGCUGACAGGUUGAAUAAGGCCAAUUCAAAAGCCCACCCACCACGACAGCAAAAUAAUAUACAUACAGAUAAUUUCAGAAUAAAAAAAAUAUAUCAAGGAAGAUGGAAAACCCAAGAUGAUAAGAAUUGGUAUAAUAAUCCCGAUAACCAAUUUCCAUUGGCUCCACCAAAUGUAAACCGUAGGUAUAAUAACAAUUACUAUAACGGUGGUCCUUUUCUAACCGCAAAUAAUAAUCCAUCAACACCACAAUUUCAUGCCGAAGGAUAUUAUUCUCCAAGAUCACCACCAUCAUAUAAAACACCAAUCCAAUCAUAUGGUAGUUUUAGUGGACAGCAUAAUAGAAGAUCAGGUGUAUAUCGUGGACCACCACCUUAUUAA